GAUGACAUUUAAUUAUUUUGCUUUGUUGGUGUUGGAAUAAAUGAAGUGAUUACAGGCAAAAAGUUCUUUGAGUAUAUCUUAAAAGAAAAUAAGCAUAUGUAUAUUAAUUGGCUGUAAAUUGUGCAGAACUUAAAAAACGAAUAAAAGUUUAAACGUCUAAGUUAAUCGACAUUUUGUUUGUGGCAUAUUUGUAGACAUAAGUGCGAUCGCGAUAUUGUUAUAGCGCUUUUUUAUUGUUCGAGUUACAAAGAAGUCAAUAGGGGAAAAAAUGUGUUCGAGUUAGCACGUCGUUCGACUUAGCGGCUAUUCGAGUUACCGCGAGUGCACUGUAUAUACCAUUUUACACACAUAACUUUUCGUUUCCAUCCUCAAGCAUAUGCACAUAUUCAAUUGUGGGUGUGAAUGCGCGAAUGGAAUAGAUUAUGUCAGUGAGCGAUGCCGAUGAAAUACGAUCAGCUGCUGAAUUGCUGAUAACUAGCUCUCGCACCACCAUGGCAUACCGCAGCCAUAUGAGUGGACCCAUCCCGCCCAGCUAUGAUAUGUCACGCACACAUUCCAUCAACUUAAUCACCGAAGAAUUUCUCGGCGGUUAUAUGCAGGAUGGUCGCAUGUCAGUUAUAAGACGUUUCUUCUGUCUCUUCGUGACAUUCGAUUUAUUUUUCGUUGCGUUGUUAUGGCUAAUUUGCAUAAUGAUCAAUGGCGACAAUAUAUUUCAGGCAUUUCAAAAGCAAAUCGUCCAUUACACCUUUGGCACCUCAUUAUUCGAUGUGGUAGGGGCUGCUAUAUGCCGUUUUAUUGUUCUGACAUUCUUUUAUGCUUUGCUGUAUAUUAACCAUUGGAUUAUAAUAGCGCUAUCAACGAGCGGUUCGUGCCUAUUUUUAAUCUCCAAAGUAUUCGUUUACGAUUGGGUGGAUUCGCACCAACAGGUUUUUGAAGUGAUACUGAUAAUAACGUCAUUUGUGCUUGCUUGGGGAGAGGCCUGGUUCCUGGAUUGUCGCGUUAUACCACAGGAGCGUCACGCACGCAGUUAUUUCUCUUCAAUAACAACUCCCGAUCAGCGUUCCCCAAUGAUGGCGCCAUUUUUGGCCUCGCAGCCGGAACGUAAUGCGCCGGAAAGCGUGUUUUAUUCACCUCUGGAAACGAUGCACAAUAGCGACGAUGACGAUGAGGAACAGGACGAAGAAUAUCAUCAAAUGGCUUUGGAUUGUGUGCGUAGGGCAUACGAACUUUUCGAGUCGUCGGAUUGGAAGGUUGAAAAAGUCACCAAUAAAGGUGAUACAAUCCGCAGCACGCAACGCGAUAAGUUGGGGAAGAUUUAUAGACUUACAGCUCGCAUCAAAUAUCCACCUAAGGCAUUGAUGGACGAACUCUUCUAUAAAAUUGAAAAUGUUCCGAAAUGGAAUCCAACUUUGUUGGAAUCGAAAAUCGUGCAUAAAAUUAACUCCUACACCGACAUCACUUACCAGGCGAGUGUAGGUGGGGGUGGUGGUAUGGUGAAAAGUCGCGAUUUCAUUAAUCUUCGCUGUUGGCGCCUCUUCCGUAAUGGCAAAAUUUGCGAAGUAUCCGAUGAUGAUGAUGAAGCGCAGAGUGGCAGCGACACAGCUGGCCCCGGUAGCGUAUCCACCGUCUCAGAUGAUGACUCUGUACCAACCACACAGCCCAGCAGUGUUGAAAGUAAUCGUGCAAAAUUCCCCAGCAGCAGUAGUAGUGCAAUUCGUGGCGCUGGCGAUGCAGAUAGCCGUAGUGGUAGUGUAAAGAGUGGGCGAGCUGGGCGAGCAUUUAAAACGCUAAGCAGAAGUUUGGGAGCAAAAGAUUUUAGUACGGUGAUACGUAUUGAUCCAGACGAACCGCCACCGUUACAAGAAGAUUGUUUCGAGGAUGCUCAGGACAAAAUGGAUGACUUAGCGCAAUUGGUGCAGAAGGAGGCGCGCGUGGGAAUGCAAAAUGCACCACACGAAAGUGCUGAUAUGAGUGAUGGGGCGGGAAUAAGUGCAAAGUUGGGUGCAAGCAAAGUAUACUUGAGUGCUGCUAUUAGCAUUGAUUAUGCACCAGUGCCGCCAACUUCGAAGUAUAUACGCGGCGAAAAUAUUGUGGCUGGAUUUGCGCUACAUGAAAUCGCAGGCAAAUCAGAUGCUUGCAUAUUCGACUGGAUUCUGUGUUUGGACUUGAAAGGUUACAUACCGCGCUAUGUGCUAGACACUGCCUACACCACGUUUAUGAGUGACUAUAUGAAAUAUUUACGUAAAUAUGUUGCUGAAUUGCGCACAAAGCGUAAACGAAUGCCAAGAAAAUAGCGGCAAACGAACAUAGGAUUAUAUUGCUGGGAAGAAAAGUGGGCAUUCUUUGAUAGUAAAUACUUCCUAGAAGCUUCUAUUUGGCUUUAUUAGAAAUAUAGUCUUUUAUUAAGUGCGCACAUCAGUUUCAGUUUCAUGGAAAUCACAGAAUUUUGCACAUCUUACUAAACUUAUUACAAGAAUAGAAAAUUUUACAGAACUGAUUACGAUCCUCAUUAUUAUUUUGUUAAUAUAUGCAACAAUUAUUAUAUUUGAAUCCAAAACGAUUAACAAAAGCUUAGCUAUUAAUUAUGAAACUGACGAAUAAAAUAUUUCUCAUAAUUAAGUCUCACAAUGUAAUACUUUACGUGCAUAUAUUA